AUGCCUCCUCAUGGAUCAAGUGUCACAAUUACCAACCCACUGGUCCUGUACAGAAGUCUCAUAGCAACACAGCAAAUUCGGCCUGACCCGGGACAACAUCGGUUGGCCUUGCAUCUACAGAAGCUGUACGACCAACUCAUAGACUAUGAACCGAGUGUGGAAUACUCCAAACGUCUCGGGCAACUCACCCGCGCCGUCAAUGCCGGCCAAGACGUGCCGCCACCGCCCUCGACGGCUGCUGCCGAGCUCGGCAGCUUCGACCGCAGCUGGAUAUGGAAGACGCUCGUGAACCAGAAAGAAGCCCGCGACUCGCGGGCGCUGACCAGAGUACUGACCGACCACGACCAAGCAAUGGCUCUGCAGAGUCCCAGGGGCCUCAUGCUGCACGGCGAAGUCGGCACGGGCAAAUCCAUGCUCAUCGACCUGUUCCAGGAAAGCCUGCCCAACCGCAAGAAGAAGCGCUGGCACUUUGACACGUUUAUGCUGCACACGAUUUCGAGACUGGAGCAGCUGAGGAAAUCGAGGGCGCUGACGCGAGCCGCGGAUGGGCGGGACGAGUACAGCCUGUUGCUUGUUGCGCGCGAUCUCAUCGAGACCAGCCCGAUCCUGUUCCUGGAUGAGUUUCAGUUCCCGGACCGCGUGGCGAGUAAGAUCCUGUCGAAUCUGAUGACGAGCUUCUUUCAGCUUGGCGGCGUGCUGAUCGCAACGAGCAAUCGCAUGCCGGACGAGCUGGCCAAGGCUGCGGGUGUAGAGUUUGCGAGGCCGGCGCCGGGGGGUGCAUUCAGCAAGCUGGGGUGGGCGAGUCGCGUGCCCGGUUUCGGCGUGAGGGAUUCAGGGGCUGGGCAGAAGGGCGAGUUCUUCCAGUUCCUGGAGCUGCUGAAGGCGAGGUGCGAGGUGUGGGAGAUGGAGGGUAAGAAGGACUACCGGAAGCUUGAGAUUGAGGAGGGCGGCGGCGUGGAGACGUCGACCUCUGCAUCCGACGCUGUUUCGAUGGCGACUGCAGGGCUUCCAGCCACGGGCCAGUCCGAGACGCCAGAACCAUUGUCUGUUGAUGCUACGCUGCCAAAGAACUAUCUCAUCCAGCCUACCACCGUUGAGGAGAUGACGACGUUUGCCGAGUCGUUCAACGCCCUCAUCGAGCGCGCGACUUUGCACCCCUACCCCAUCCCCUGGACGCCCGCGACACUGACAGUCUACGGGCGGACAGUCGACAUCCCCGCGCAGCACAACGGCGUCGCAUUCUUCACGUUUGACGAGCUCUGCGGCGCCGUGCUGGGGCCCGCAGACUACGUCUCCCUCGCGUCGAGCUUCCACACCUUCAUCGUAACCGACGUGCCGGUGCUGACGUUCCUGCGCAAGCACGAAGCGCGGCGGAUGAUCACGCUGCUCGACGCGCUGUACGAAGCGCGGUGCCGGCUGCUGAUGACGGCCGCCGCAGGCCCAGAGGACACGUUCUUCCCUGCACCCCGCGGCGAGACGGGCGAGGAAGUGGUCGACGACGCCGUCUACCCAGAGACGUACUCGGAGAUCCACCAAGACCUGACCUCCCCCUUCCGGCCCAACAUCUCCUCGUACGGCACAAAUUCGCGCGCGAUGCCCGACGACGCGCUCGAAGACGACCCGCCGAAUCGCGCGCGCCGCCAGGCCGGCCUAUCGCAAUCCGACUACGGCGACGAGGAGGCGCGGACGCGCGCGAGCAUGGCGAGCUCCGGGAAGAAACCCGACUUCGCCAACGUCCGCGGGCUGACGGGCGAAGACGAGGUGUUUGCGGUCAAGCGCGCGCAGAGCCGCAUCUGGGAGAUGUGCUCGGCGCGCUGGUGGAGCCGGAGCGCUGUCCCUGCGUCGUCGGCGGCGGCGGAAGGGGAAGGGGGCACCGAUGCAGCGACGCAGGGGUGGUGGAGGCCGCUGAGCAAGGAGAGCAGGCACUGGGAACGCUCGGCCGCGCGCGCGCCAGCAGCAGUCCCAAUACCACCCAACACAGCCCAGCUACCCGCCGCGACGGAGAUCAGGCUCCAGCAGGACCGUGUCGAGGUCGAGAGGGAGAAGCCCCUGGAGCGCAUGUUCCGGCACGGCGCGAGUCCGUUUCGCUCGACCAGCGAUGCGCCGCCCAAGUUUGGCGCGGCGCAUGCGUGGGGCGUCACGACGUGGGGGAAGAAGGCUGGCGCGUGGGGGAAGGGGGUGGAGGGGUUGAAGGAGCGGAGGAAGGAGGAGAAGGAGGAGAAGGAGGAGAAGGAGGAGAAGGAGGAGAAGGAGGAGAAGGAGGAGAAGGAGGAGAAGGAGGAGAAGGAGGAGAAGGAGGAGAAAAAAGAGGAGAAAAAAGAGGAGAAAAAAGAGGAGAAGAUGGAGAAGAAGUUGGAGGAGGAGCUGAAGGACGAUGUUGCAGAGGAAGAGGGGAAGAGCGCGGAUGAGGCGCAGGCGAGCGCGAAGACGAGCACGGGGGACAAGGUGCCGUGGACGCCGUCGUAG